ACUCGCGAUGAUAUCGCAUAAUAUACACAUAAAAACGCAGUCGAAUUCAGUGGCGGCAGUGCUUCUUGUUUACUGCGAAUAAUUGUACGUUUACUUGAUUUGUUUUGCAGACUUGGCGUGAUCACUACCGUGUACUACAGACGCAAUCUUACUUAUAUAAAUUUGUGAAAUCAAUGUUUAUUUGGAAAUAAACUACACUAAGAUACAGUUGUCUCAGUAUGUUGACAAUUGUAAUACUCUCGUUGUUUUUAUAUAGUGUAUCUGGAUAUUUUACGUUACCCGGAAAAUGCCCGGAAAAUGUGGCUCUACAGAAAGACUUCAAGCUGCCCGAUUUUUAUGGCAAAUGGCACCAAGCCUAUCACUAUUCCAGCGAUGGUCUGAUGAUGAACAAUUGCUCCAAGUUAAUACUGGAUACCAAACCUUCUGGCGCUUACUGGAACCAAUCGAGAGUGGACAGAGGUCUGUUCCAUAGAUACAGUAUGGCGAAGUUAGAUAUACCUAUUAGGAUCGAGGACGCUGCCAACUUGAAUGUUACGUUUACAUUUCACGACGCGCCAAGACGGUUGAGAGUCAGAAGUUAUCCGUUCCGCGUGCUAGCUACUAACUACAAUUACUACGCGACAGUUUACACCUGCCAGUAUAGUUCGUUAAUCGACAAACAUUUUAUCUACGUGUGGAUUCUUUCAAGGAACCUAAUACUGAACGACGUAUCCUUGGAACUAGCGGUGAAACCGUUGUCAGAAAUUGGAGUGGACUCUAAGAAAUUAGUGAAAGAGGAUAUCUCAAACUGUUCUCCUAAAUAUUACGACGAUGUUAACACUAAACCGACGACUUUUAGGUAUCCCGUACCUAUAUAAUAAUAUUAUUUUAAUAAUGAGAUAAAUAAAAA